AAGAAAUUUGAGAUAAGUAAGUUCUAUAUAAUCGAAUGAUAUAAUCAAAAUUUAUAUAGUGUCAAUCAGCUACUAAUCGGAUACAGAGAUGAAGCUACUUCUAAUCGCUGCUUUUGUUGUCGCUGCGGCCGCUCGCCCCUCAACCUUUGGCAUAUUAGAUGUUGAAUCUGCAGGACCUAUUAUUAUUGAAGAUGGAUCUUCAAACAUCAACACAAACCCAGCUUUAGUAGAUGAGACUGAAAACAUCAACACCGACCCAGCUCUUGUUGAUGAGACUGAAGACAUAAACACUGACCCAGCUCUUGUUGAUGAGACUGAAGACAUCAACACUGACCCAGCUUUAGUCGAUGAGACUGAAGACAUCAACACUGACCCAGCUUUAGUCGAUGAGACUGAAGACAUCAACACUGACCCAGCUUUAGUCGACGAGACUGAAGACAUCAACACUGACCCAGCUUUAGUCGAUGAGACUGAAGACAUCAACACUGACCCAGCUCUUGUUGAUGAGACUGAAGACAUCAACACUGACCCAGCUUUAGUCGACGAGACUGAAGACAUCAACACUGACCCAGCUCUUGUUGAUGAGACUGAAGACAUCAACACUGACCCAGCUCUUGUUGAUGAGACUGAAGACAUCAACACUGACCCAGCUUUAGUAGAUGAGACUGAAAACAUCAACACCGACCCAGCUCUUGUUGAUGAGACUGAAGACAUAAACACUGACCCAGCUCUUGUUGAUGAGACUGAAGACAUCAACACUGACCCAGCUUUAGUCGAUGAGACUGAAGACAUCAACACUGACCCAGCUUUAGUCGACGAGACUGAAGACAUCAACACUGACCCAGCUUUAGUCGAUGAGACUGAAGACAUCAACACUGACCCAGCUCUUGUUGAUGAGACUGAAGACAUCAACACUGACCCAGCUUUAGUCGACGAGACUGAAGACAUCAACACUGACCCAGCUCUUGUUGAUGAGACUGAAGACAUCAACACUGACCCAGCUUUAGUCGACGAGACUGAAGACAUCAACACUGACCCAGCUUUAGUCGACGAGACUGAAGACAUCAACACUGACCCUGCUUUAGUAGACGAACACGAAUAUGAACAAAUUGACACCAGCCCAGCUUUAAUUGAAGACAACCCAAUCGUCGUUCCUGGUGGUGUUGGAAAAUCCCCUCUGGUUCAAAUAAUCGUGAAUGUAAAUUCUUCUCCUAUGUUUGUACACCAGAUUAACAACCCCCGUGAUGCCUAAUUUAUUAACAACGAAUAACAUUCAAACGAUUGCAUGAAUUUUUUGAAUUACAAAAUUUAUUGCAUGACAAA